AUGUUCUACACAUGUGGUCCAAAUGAGGCUAUGGUGGUGUCAGGUCCAUUCUCUAAUCAAUACAAUUCUGUUCUCCAUUUAUAAACAUAUUACAUUAAAGAGCUGUAGGAUGGUAGUAAUUCUCUCAUGCGUAUCUCACCAUCCUCCCUCUCUCUCUAUCUCUGUUCCUCAGGGUUCUGCCGUUCUCCUCCAGUAAUGAUUGCUGGAGGCAGAGUGUUUGUGCUUCCCUGUGUUCAGCAGAUCCAGAGGUACGGUCUCUUUUCCUGUUCAUGUCUGCAAACGCAUAUAUUGGCCAUGUAUCGCCAUUUACCAUUGUUUUGGGAUAUCAUACUACAGCAUUGUGGAAUGAUUAUAUCUCUCCCUCCUUUCCUCUCUUCUCUCCCAGGAUCUCCCUGAACACUCUGACGCUGAACGUGAAGAGUGAUAAAGUCUACACCCGCCAUGGGGUUCCCAUCUCAGUCACUGGUAUUGCCCAGGUUUGUCUCUCCAUCGUUCUCUGUCUCCGUUUCUUCCUGAGCCAAUGUAACUGCACUAUUCUGUUACAGUCAUUGAAACAGGUUUAGACACCCUAGUUUUGAACUCAAGUGUAAGGGCUUUCUUUAAUGAAAUACAUAUCAAGUAGCCAAUUAAAACUUGCCAUCUGUUUUGCUUAUAUCAAUCAUUUAUACACUGGCAUUAAAUGAUUAAAUACCUCACUCGCUUGUGCUGUGGACAGAACAGAGUAACCCUGCCUGUUUGAGUGUUAAUACAACUAUUCCUGCUGUGUAGUUGGGUAGUGUACAGCAGAUGCUUCUGUUUGUUUAGCACUGUGCACACCUGAGUCGUGUUCAUUAAUCACCAACAACAGAGUAAAACAGGGAGGGGCUACCUGAACUUCCUCAUAAAAUGCACAUUUUCGUUUUCUGUUUCAAUUUUUAUUUCAAUGUUUUCGGUUGCGUACCCUAAUGAACUAUUAACCUGUGUUCUCUCCUCCCUCCAGAUGAAGAUCCAGGGGCAGAACAAGCAGAUGCUGGCCGCAGCCUGUCAGAUGUUCAUGGGGAAGUCAGAGGGCGAGAUCGCUCAAAUAGCCCUGGAGACGCUGGAGGGUCACCAGAGGGCCAUCAUUGCCCACCUGACUGUGGAGGUAAACUUGACCUUUUUAGCACAGCUGUGCUGCGGUCGUUGGCACAAGGCGAAGCCGAGUACCUGCCGAGUAGAACUGUCUUGUGACAUACCAUAACAAACAGACCAUAACAAACAGACCAUAACAAACAUACCAUAACAAACAGACCAUAAGAAACAGACCAUAACAAACAACAAAUGAAACAGUUUUAUAUAUACAGCCGAACCAUAGUCAUAUGGAAAUCUAUUUCUGGCUAUGUGUUCAACUACAUAGUAACAUGAUGGAGAGGGAACACUGCAUCUUUUCACUGUCAAAUGAAAGUAUAUUAACAUAGGUGCUAACUCUGUUAUUUCACCCCCUUCAGGAGAUCUAUAGGGACCGUAAGAAGUUCUCGGAGGAGGUGUUCAAGGUGGCCUCGUCCGACCUGGUCAACAUGGGCAUCAGCGUGGUCAGCUACACGCUCAAAGACGUUCACGACGACCAGGUGUGCUUUCUCUCUCUACUUUCAAUGGACACUCCAUUCUUGCAACUGAUCCAAUGCUAGGUAAAUAAUGGACACUAGAUGGAUGCCAGGUAAAUAAUCGACCCUAAACGAAAAGCAUGUUGUUGUCUUCCUCUCUGUGGUUCAGGACUACCUCCACUCCCUGGGGAAGUCCAGGACCGCCCAGGUGCAGAAAGACGCCCGCAUCGGAGAGGCCCAGUUCAAGAGGGAUGCUGUGAUCAGG